CAACUGGCCAGGAGGGGACUCUUGGCACUGAAGGAAACCUGCCUCCUUCAGCAAAGGGCUUUCACAGUCCAUCACAGGCCACCUUGCAUAAGGGACCAGAGGAGGCAGGGCAUAAAAGGGCUUCCCCCUAAGGCCACAGGGCUACAUUCCCAGCUCACACUCCAAGGCCUACGACUGAGGAUGGAGAGCUGCUGGGGAGUCCUGAUGAUGCUCGGGGUGGCUGUAGCAACCACCACAUCACCUCCUCCUCCACAGCAGAUGCUGAGCUAUGAAGAGGCUGUUUCCCUGGCCAUAGACCUCUACAACCAAGAACCACACGUAGACUUUGCCUUCCGACUCUUAGAAGCAGAAGCCCAACCUGACUGGGCUGCGACCAAUGAAACCCUCCAGCUGCUGGAGUUUACAGUGAAAGAGACUGAGUGCCCCGUGUCUGAGAACCUGCUCCUUGAUGAAUGUGACUUCAGGAGCAAUGGGGUGGUGAGAGUGUGCUCAGGAACCAUCUCCACUGAGCCGGAGGCCCCCUUGGUUCUGCUCACCUGCGACACGGUGGCUCAGGAGCGUAUUCGUGUCAGGAGGUCCAUAUUCAGAAAACUCAGGAGGAAAAUCAAAAAGGGUCUUAAGAAAGGGAUCCGGCACCUCCUGGCUGGUGGAAGACAAGGCCCUCCCCGAGGAGGGAGACCAGGAAUGAUAUAGAGAGCCAUGGGCUGCCACUCCAUUGAACCUGACAGCAGCUCUCCAUAGACCCACACUGGACGAACAAGAGGCCUGAAGAAUCACAUCUGACCAUCUUUGGGCAAACUCCUGCCAGUGAUAGCUGGGUUGUUAAUUCCAUGUGGUUCAUUAUGCUCGUUACAAUAAAAUGUGGUGGCGUUUUAAUUUGUAAA